UCUGGAUAUAAGCCAUGUGAUAACAAUGGAUCUGCAAAAAAGAUAAGUACCUGUCUCUCACCCAGAAAAAUCAAAAGAUGUGCAGUGGUUACCACUGUGAGUAGACAGUGUGAUCAUGAAACAAGUGUAGAAUUAAUUGGAUUUCCAACUUCACUGGAACUAUACCAACAUACUUACAAUGGAGAAAAGCCUUAUGAGUACAAAGAACUUGGAAAUUUUUCUGUCUGUACUGGGUCAUGUUGUGCCUGUAAUGUGAAUCCCACUAUAGGAAAAUGUUAUGAAUGCAAUCAGUGUGGUAAAGUUCUCAGUUCUUCCAGUUUUCUUCAAAGACAUUUAAAUAUUCAUAUGGGAAAAGGAACUGAUAAUUACGAGCCCUGUACUAAAGGCAUGAACCAUCACAGUUAUCUUGAAACAUGCAAAAGAACCCAUAAAGAAGAGGAAUCCUAUGAAUGUAAACGACCUGUUAAAACAUUUAUAUAUGAUUACCCUUUACAGUUACAGCAAAGAACACAUUUGAAAAUUAAACCUUAUGAAUAUAAUCAAAGUGUUAAAGCUUUCUCAUGUCUUAGUUAUAUUCAGUUACCCAGAACUAAUGCUUUAAUGAAACAGUAUGAAGAUAAGCAAUGUGGUAAAGCUUUUACAUAUCCCAGUAUUCUUAAACAAUAUGAAAGAAGUCAUACUGGAGAGAAAUCCUAUGAAUGUAAUCAAUGUGGAAAAGCAUUUGCACAAAAAAGUCAUCUUCUUAAUCAUGAAAAAAGUCAUAUUGGAAAUAAACCCGAUUAAUGUAAUCAAUGUGGUAAAGCCUUUUCAAGUAAAAGUCAUCUGCACAGUCAUGAAAGAAUUCAUAGUGGAGAGAAACCGUAUGAAUGUAAUCAAUGUGGUAAAGCAUUUGCUUGGAAAAGUCUUCUUCACAGACAUGAAAAAAGUCAUACUGGAGAGAAACCCCAUGAAUGUAAUCAAUGUGGUAAAACCUUUGCAUGGAAAAGUCACCUUCACAGUCAUGAAAUAAUUCAUAGUGUAGAAAAACCCUAUGAAUGUAAUCAAUGUGGGAAAGCAUUUGCAUGGAAAAGUCUUCUUCACAGACAUGAAAGAAUUCAUACUGGAGAGAAACCGUAUGAAUGUAAUCAAUGUGGUAAAGCAUUUACAUAUAAAACUGAUCUUCACAGUCAUGAAAGAAUUCAUAAUGGAGAGAAACCCUAUGAAUGUAAUCAAUGUGGUAAAACAUUUCCACAUAAAAGUCACCUUUACUGUCAUGAAAGAAAUCGUACUGGAGAGAAACCUUAUGAAUGUAAUCAAUGUGGUAAAACAUUUGCAUGGAAAAGUGAUCUUCACAAUCAUGAAAGAAUUCAUACUGGAGAGAAACCUUAUCGUUGUAAUCAAUGUGGUAAAUCCUUUACACGUAAAAGUCGUCUUCACAGCCAUGAAAGAAUUCAUGUCGGAAAGAAACCCUAUGAAUGUAAUGAAUGUGGUAAAUCAUUUGCAUGGAAAAGUUCUUUUCACAGACAUAUAAGAAUGCAUUUUGGAGAGAAAACCUAUGAAUGUAAUCAAUGUGGUAAUGCCUUUACACAUAAAAGUUUUCUUGACAUUCAUGAAUGAAGUUAUAAUGGAGAGAAACCCUAUGAACUCAAUCAAUCAAAGUGGUACAGCAUUUAUAUCGAAAAGUCAUAUUCACAGCCAUGAAAUAAAUCAUAUUGGAGAGAAACGCUAUGGAUAUGUUCAAUGUGGUAAAAAUUUGCAUGGAAAGGACUUCUUUGCAAUCAUAAAAAUAUCAUACUGGAGACAAAGUCUAUGAUAGCAAUUAAUGUUGUAAAGCAUUUGCUUUCAACUGUCAUCGUCACACCUAGUGAAACAAUUCAUAGUAGAGAAAACCCUAUCAGUGUAUUCAAUGUGGUAAAGCCUUUACAUAUCCAAGUGUUCUUAAACAACAUGAAAGAAAACAUAUGGGAGAGAAGGUCUAUUAAUGUGGUAGAGCAUUUAUAUAUAAAGUCAUCUUCACAGGCAUGAAAUAAUACAUCCUAGAGAAAAACCCCUUGAACCUUAUAAAUCAGGUAAAGCUUUGAACACCAGGCACAAAAUCCAUCAUUUUGAGAUGCCAGUACCACAGAGUGUCCACCAAGACCAUCAACAGUGGUAAAGUGGUAAGAGCUAGAAGUUAUAUGUACUGUAGAGGAUGAAGCCAAAGAAGUGACCCAAGCCCAUUGGAGAAUCGCUGAGGAUUCUGCAUGGAUGCCAGUUACUAGAAGUUGAGUUAAUCUAUACAGUGAGACUUUUGUUUUGCUUUUUUCAUGUUUUGACUGCCUUGCUUCUUCCUCUUGU